GGGUGACCUAGGAGGCUUCCAGCCAGCCAGCCAGCCAGAAGCAAGAGCGAAGGAGCACUACCACCAGCAGCAGAAGACCUCUCUCCCCACUGAGAUCUUUGGGGACUCCAACCUUCUGAGCAUGAUGUCCUACAUCAAGCAACCACAUUAUGCAGUCAACGGCCUCACCUUGGCUGGGCCAGGCAUGGACUUGCUACAUUCGGCCGUCGGGUACCCCAGUAAGUGGAUUUGCAAGAUUCCCCCCCCUUUUUGUGUCAUUUUUCAGUUUUGGAGGAAACUUGGGCGAUGGGCAUCACUGAGUUGGUUCUUGGUAGGCAAAGGAUGGAGAGACGUAACUGGGUUUUUCUUUUUUCUAUGAAUUGAAACCAGUGGGUUAUCGGGUAGCGAGGGAGAAUUCAGCUAGUUGGCCAAAUGUGGGGGAAAAGAGAAUAGAAACUGCUUCCUGUUUGGUUUGGGGAUCAAAACAAACAGAAUGUGCAAAUAUUGAAUUAUAUUAUUGUGGAUCGUGAUCAAUGUUCUUACUCUACUAUUUAUCAAAUUGCAUGUGUUUAAAGAUGAAAUGCCCUCAGUUUAUAUAUAUAUAACUAUUUUUAUAGUUUUAUAGUUAAUUGUAAAAUAAGUAUAUAUGUGUGUGUGUGUGUAUACACAUACACACACAUACUUAUUUUACAAUUAAAUAUAAAAAUAGUUUUGGAGGUUCAUAUUCAGGUACUGAGACCAUGAUAAAUUAAAAAAUGAAAAAUGUUUUCAAAAACGUCACCAGUUUUGGGGUGGUAUUUCCAGUUUUUUUGCAUUCAUAGAUGCUUAAAUUGCCUUCCCACCACCAGGGCAGAUUUUGUUGAAAAUGUGUUGAAAGACUUCUGCAUUUCAUAUAUAUAUAUAUAUAUAUAUAUAUAUAUAUAUAUAUAUAUAGUAUUUGAGAUUUUGAUUUUGAUAUGUAGCGGCCAUCACGUGGUUUACAAGUUCCAAAGGUUCCCUAGAAAGAGAUCCAUUUAAAUGAGCCAAUUCAUGCAGACACACUUGUGAUCACAAUGGGCAGGAUUCAGCCAAAAUAAAGUCAUUAUUCUAAUAAUAAUACUUCCCUUCAUUCGAAGUUCUCAGGGCGCUCUUAUAAAAGCCCGUAAUGUUAUCUGGAUCCUAGUUUGCUGUCCACACCCUCCCCCAGCAGAAAACCCCAAGCAAACCACUGGAUGUUCACAGAUUCCUUGUGAAUUACCCAAAAGUGCAUUUUUGGACGUUGAAAUAAUUGAAACUUAAGGGGAACCCCUAAGUCCCUGCUCCCCUGCCUAGUUCAGGUGUUCUGGAGCAGGUUAAGAAUCUAAGCAACUAAUAGCAUGACAUAAUUGUUUUUAGUGUUAUAGACGCUAAACUUCAUAGCAACAUUGCCUAGUUAAUGUCACAAUAAUUUUUUAUCCCAGACUGUUUCCAGGUGGAGGAAACCUUCCUAAAUAAAGCUAGACCAUCAUUUCUGUCAUGUGACCUGCCUCCAGUAGGCUGGGCAGCUUUUAAAAAACUUAUAUAAUUGCGAAGGAAGAAGCAGAUAUUAAUGCAUCCCUAACUAGCCUUUAAUAUUGUUUUAAAUUAGUGGAGAGUCCAUAUUCUUUUUUUUUAUUAUUCCGUUGCCUCUUCUAGGUAGAAAAUUGCUCCAUGGCCCUUUCUGAAAACAGAAAUUUAUCCUCCUGUUCCCUUUUAUAUCCUGCCUUUCCUCCAUGGGGCUGAGGGGUGAUCUGAACCAAUAGAAAAAAGAGCAGGGGGAAUCCCUAGGAAGAGAUCCCUUUAAAGGAGCCAAUUCAUGCAGAAUACACUUGUGAUCACAAUGGGCAGGAACCAAUUUGGUACAGUCUUCUAUGCGGAGGGAAAAAUCAUGCAGUAAUUAGAUGUCUGUGCCAGGAAGGGGCGGGGAAUACCCUGCUCAUCAAUUGAUUGCAAGGGGACUUGAGCAGGGGGAAACUAGACAAUAUCUUACUAUAGGGAGGGGUGGAGGAGGAGGACAUCCAUUGGGGUCCAUCUAGGUCAGGUGUCAGCAACCUUUUUCAGCCAGGGGCCGGUCCACCGUCCCUCAGACCAUGUGGUGGGCCGGACUAUAUUUUGAAAAAAAUUAAUAAUAAUGAACGAAUUCCUAUGCCCCACAAAUAACCCAGAGAUGCAUUUUAAAUAAAAGGACACAUUCUACUUGUGUAAAAACAUGCUGAUUCCCAGACCGUCCUUGGGCGGGAUUGAGAAGGCGAUUGGGCCGCAUCCGGCCCACGGGCCUUAAGUUGCUGACCCCUGGUCUAGGUCAAAGGUCAGUACUGCCCUACACUGACUGGCAGCCUUUCUCUAGGGCAGGGGUCAGCAACCUUUUUCAGCCGUGGGCCAGUCCACUGUCCCUCAGACCUUGUGGGGGGGCGGACUAUAUUUUUUUGGGGGAAAUGAACGAAUUCCUAUGCCCCACAAAUAACCCAGAGAUGCAGUGUUCUGUUGGAAGUCGCCCGGAGUGGCUGGGGAAACCCAGCCAGAUGGGCGGGGUAUAAAAAAUAAUAAUAAUUAUUAUUAUUAUUAAAAAUAAAAGGACACAUUCUACUCAUGUAAAAACACGCUGAUUCCCAGACUGUCCAUGGGCCGGAUUUAGAACGUGAUUGGGCCGGAUCUGGCCCCCUGGCUUUAGUUUGCCUACCCAUGCUCUGGGGUUCUGCAGCCCUCCCUGCUAAUGUCAGGGACUGAACCUGCAGCCUUCAUAGAAAAGAGAAGCUCCACCUCUGAGCUGUGGUCCUUGCCAAAGAAAGAGAGUCAUUUAAAUGAAAGUCAGGUGUAUUCACAACCCUGGGAGGUUCAUUUCCAUAUUUGCCCCAGGCCACCUAACGGAUUUACUGAGAAUCUGAGAUGUAAAGCCAUAGGCUUUGAGUGCCCAAGGCCACAUCUGCCCAGCUGAAAAUGGGAUGAUCACCUAUUCAAUUUUAUUGUAUUUUACAUCCCUUCUUCUCAAUAGACACUGGAAUUGGGAGGGGUGGGCCUGUGGCUCUCCAGAUGUUGUUGGACUAUAAGUCCCAUCUUCACUGGCCAUGGCUGAUGGGAGUUGGAGUCCAACAAGGGUUGAGAUCUAGAUGACCUUUGGGUCCCUUCCAGCUCUUACAAAUUCUGUGAAGAACCCAGAGGGCUGCAAUUUCCCCAUCCAGAGACUGCAAAGGGUCUGUCAUUGGGUCAUCCGCUUCCUUGGCAACCAAUAUCACUUUGGGUUAAAAAGAAAGAAAAGGCGUUAAGUUUGGGAAUCGUGAUUUCUGGAAAGGGGGAGAACAGCUUUAUCUCAUCAGGGGGAAUGAAGUGAUAAGAGGGAGAACAACUAUAUCUAAUCAAGAUAAGAGAUAGGAAGAGAUAACAGCAUUUUGUGAUUUCGGAGCGGAAAAUCUCUACCCCAAAUAAGCUUAGCCUGGGUGGAAGGGAGCUGUCAAGUCAGGUGACCACUUGUCAUGGUAAAUGCAUCAUGGGAAAUAUACAGGAUGACAUCCAGCUACUCAGAGUAGACCAAUCGAAAGGCAGCACCGUAUAGGGAAGUUGUUAAUGUUUGGUAUUUUAUUGUGUUUUUAAUAUUCCGUUGGGAGCCUCCCAGAGUGACUGGGACAACCCAGUCAGAUGUGUGGCACAUAAAAUGAUGAUGAUGAGGAGGAUGAUAGUAGUGGCUUUCCACCUUCUCUCCCCUUCUUGGUAUUUAAUUUAUUUAUUAUCAAAAUGUAUACAUUGCUUUAAAAAAAACAAAAAAAACAACCAACCCAACCACCUCCAAGCAGCUUAUUCUGGGACGCCCUUCGCCGGCUGUUUCUCUCAGCAACUGCUGGUGGAGUUUUCGUGCAAGCCAGCUGCUGUGUACAGAAUUGGAGAAUUGUAGAGGUGGAAGGGACCCCCAGAGUCAUCUAGUCCAACCCUCUGCCCACAUUUGUCCCUGGGUGGGCUCAAAUACUUAACAGCAAGACCUACUGUGCUACAGUAAUAAUAGCUAUUAUUAUUAUUACCUUGCCCAUCUGGUUUGGUUGCCCCAGCCACUCUGGGGGCUUCCAACACACAUAAAAAUUAUAAUAAAUAGUAUUAAUAGUAACAAUCUGAUCCAGUAUGAAAAGUCACAAUAGCUUUAAAAUAAACAACUUAUAUCAAACAAUAAUAAUAAAUAAUAAUAAAUUUUAUUUAUACCCCAGCCGAGACCAGGCUCAGGGCGGCUAACACCAAGUAUAAAAAUAAUUGAUUAAAAUACAACUUAAAAACAAAAUUAAAAUACAACAUUAAAAUGCAGCCCCAUUUCAGUAGAAAUUCAAAUUCAAAAAACUUUUUGGGGAUGAAAACGUCAAGUCAUCACCAAGGCCAACUAUCCAGACUAGUCCUACGUGGGCCAGAAAAAAGCCAGGGAAGUCCCCAAAUAGGAGUUCCAUCACAGAAGGAGAAAGGAAAGAGGGGGAGGGGAUCAAGUUGAUUCCAAGCCAAAGGCCAGGCGGAACAACUCUGUCUUACAGGCCCUGCGGAAAGAAAUCAGAUCCUGCAGGGCCCUGGUCUCAUGAGACAGAGCGUUCCACCAGUCCGGGGCCAGUGUUGAAAAGGCCCUGCCUCUGGUUGAGGCUAAUCUGACUUCCUCAGGGCCCGGGACCACUAGGGUGUUGCUAUUUAUGGACCUUAAGGUCCAUAAAUAAGUGUGAAGUGUCCUUGAGAAGGAGUCCAGCUCCUUUUUCCAGUUUGGCAAAGUGGUGCUUUUGAGCUGCUCAGUCCCUGGAAAUCCCUGCAGCCUCCCUUCGCAGCCUGGGGUCUCCAGCUGUUGCUGGACUCCCCUCAUCCCCAGCCAGAAUAGUCAACGGUCAGGGAGGGUAGGAAUUGUGAUGCAGCCACCUCUGGGGACUCAGUGUUGGGAAAGGCGGAGGAGGGGAAGUGGCUUAGAUGCUCAUCCGGAAUUCCUCCAUCAGAAGAUCCUGCAAUGGCCGGCAGGAUUUCCCUGAAGAGAGGCAGUGUGGUGUAGUGGUUAUAGUGCCUGACCAGGACUGGGGAGACCCCACUUCAAAGCCCCCCCCUGAGCCACCAGCCUCCCUGGCUAACUUUAGGCCACUCACUGCCUGUCACCCCAAGCAGAGGGUUGCUUUGAGGAUAAUAAUAAUAAUAAUAAUAAUAAUAAUAAUAAUAAUAAUAUACCCCACCCAUCUAGAUAAAACGGAGGGAGAGGGAAAUUAAUUUUAGAAUGAAUUGAUUUUAGAAUGUAUUUCAAUUAAUUGACUGUGAUUUUAUGUAAAUUGUGCUAUUUUUACUGUUGUUAGCCGCUCUGAGCCCGGCUUUGGCUGGGGAGGGCGGAAUAUAAAAUAUUAUUAUUAUUAUUAUUAUUAUUAUUAUUAUUAUUAUCAUUACUAUUAUUAAGCUCCUUUGAGCCAGGGUGGUGUGGUGGUUAGAGCAGCCUUUCCCAACAUUUCCAGAUGUUAUUGGACUACAACUCCCAUCAUCCCUGACAUGCUAGCUAGAGAUAAUGGGAGUUGUAGUCCAACAAAAUCUGGAGAUCCCAGGUUGAGAAAGGUUGGGUUGGUAGUGUGUGAGACUAGGGCUUCUCAGAGUCCCAGGCAGCUAGGACGCCAUUUAUUGUAUUUUAAUCUUUUGUUGGAAGCUGCCCAGAGUGGCUAGGGAAACCCAGCCAGAUGGGUGGGGUAUUUUUUAUUAUUAUUAUUAUUAUUAUUAUUAUUAUUAUUAUUAUUAUUUCCCCAGGCCCUUUUAGUGGACUGGCUAAGCUAGGGAGCUGCCAAGUUCAAAUUUCUUCCUUCACCAUCCCUCAGCUUCAACCCCUCCUCUGAACAUUGGCUUGUUGUAACCAUUCCUCAGUUGAUCUAUGGGGAGACACUGGGAACAGAACAAUUCGCUCUUUUCCAAAGGGAGACUCCUCUGUGGCCUCAGAGGGUGUCUUCUGGACAUUCUCCCAGACCCACCACUCUGGCGGAAUGAAUGCUUCGUAUAGAGAAAGACCUAAAGUUCAAUACUUGUCACUUGAAAAAGAACCUGGAAGUCUCUCGUUUGGAAGUCCCGCAAUGGCAGCAAAUUUGCCGUAUCGGGUGAGACGAUGUGGGGUUUUGUGUUCCAGUGAAGUAACGUUUACAUUUAGAAAUUAAAGUUUGCAUUUAGAAAUUGAUAUUCUUACAGCUUCUUGGAGAGCUCAGUUGGUAGAACACGAGGCUCUUAAUCUCAGGGUCGUGGGCUUGGGCAAAAGAUCCCUGAAUUUCAGCGGGUUGGGCUAGAUGACCCGCGGGGUCUCUUCUGUAGUUCUAUAACCUUAAAUAACUUACCUCUAUGUGAAUGCUAGACACACAUGGAAUGAAUGGGUAGGAGGAAGGGGGAACAGAGGGCUCUUUUGAGUUGGACAGUUUAUGAGCAUUUGCUACUGAAAAGGCACAAAUAAAAGUAUUCUUAAAAAGAGCUGUCACGAAGCAGAGACAUUUGUCCUUUAAAUCAGCCACCUCCCUAGGCACAAAGGAUGCCGAAAGACUGCUAACAUUGGGGACGACCGUACUUCCAGUGGGAGGAAGUUCCACAGACAGGGUGCCAUAACAGGGGAGGCCCUGCUCUGAGUUGCGCCAUAAGAUCUACAAGCAGGGCCUGCCUUGCAGACCUUAAGGUGCAGGCUGGCAAAUAAUGGUAGAGGCCUUCCUUUAAAAACCCAGCACCUUAAAUUGGGCCUGAUAGCAAACAGAUAGCCAAGCAUAGCUCUUUUAGGACGUGUAAGUUAUGCUCCUAGUUUCCGGUGCUCCUCCAGAACUUAGCAGCCACAAUCUGUACCAGCUGCAGCCUCCAGAGCACUGUCAAAGGCACAUAGAGGUUUUAUUUUAUUUUAUUUUUUUAUCAAAGAUUUUCUUGUUUUACAGAAGUAUGUGUAAUGUCUCUCGUAUUUUUUCCAUGUAACAUUUUUACAAAUCAGUUUAAAGGCACAUAGAGUUGUGCAGCUUAUCAUCGUCGUGGUUAUUGCUGUUAUUUUUUAAAAUAUAGUGGUACCUCGGGUUACAUACGCUUCAGGUUACAGACUCCGCUAACCCAGAAAUAGUUCUUCAGGUUAAGAACUUUGCUUCAGGAUGAGAACAGAAAUCGGGCUCCGGAGGUGCGGCGGCAGCAGGAGGCCACAUUAGCUAAAGUGGUGCUUCAGGUUAAGAACAGUUUCAGGUUAAGUACGGACCUCCGGAAUGAAUUAAGUACUUAACCUGAGGUACCACUGUAACAUUCUUGCUGUUGUUCUUUAAAUGCAGAGAAUGAACUGAACUGACCCACAUGUAUGAAGAGGGUCUCAUGAUGAGAUACCGAUCUUUCCCUGAAUCCAGAUCUCUCCUCUUAUUUUUUUAGCCACCCCACGGAAACAGAGGCGCGAGCGCACGACCUUCACGCGAGCCCAGCUGGAUAUCUUGGAGGCUCUCUUCGCCAAGACGCGCUACCCAGACAUCUUCAUGCGCGAGGAAGUGGCUCUGAAGAUCAAUCUUCCUGAAUCCAGAGUUCAGGUGGGGGUCCGCUGGGGAGGGGGCGAAGGGCAGCAAGCCAACAAAGGCGCAGGGGCCGGGAGACUCGAACCAGGAGUGAGGUGUCUUGCUGUCUGAAGACCCUGGCAGUGCGCACAUGCUCUCAGUUGCAACUAUGUGCCAGCAUUGCGGGUGGCCAAAGGGGACCUGUAAGAAAGUAAAGGAAUUUUGGGGUGCAAUUUAUAAUGAGCUCAAAAGAAUGAUCAAGGUAUCCUUCAUUAAAAAAAACUGGAGGCUGGGGAUAUUAGGCCCAGACAUACCAAAAAAUGUGAGAGAAAUAUUAUUGUAUGCCAAGGUAGCUGCAAGAAUAUUAAUCGCUACGAAUUGGAAAGCUGGAGUGGUGUGUAAAAAGAAACCUGAGUGCUGAUGGAGGCAGAGGUCCUCAUAUACACUCAGAGUAGACCUAUUGGCACGAAUGGCCAUGUUCCAUUUCAAUAGGUCUACCCUGAGUAGGGGACGCGGGUGGCGCUGUGGGUAAAACCUCAGCGCCUAGGGCUUGCCGAUCGCAUGGUCGGCGGUUCGAAUCCCCGCGGCGGGGUGAGCUCCCGUCUUUCGGUCCCAGCUCCUGCCCACCUAGCAGUUCGAAAGCACCCUUAAGUGCAAGUAGAUAAAUACGUACCGCUUUAUAGCGGGAAGGUAAACGGCGUUUCCGUGUGCUGUGCUGGUGCUGGCUCGCCAGAGCAGCUUCGUCACGCUGGCCACGUGACCCGGAAGUGUCUCCGGACAGCGCUGGCUCCUGGCCUCUUAAGUGAGAUGGGCGCACAACCCUAGAGUCGGACACGACUGGCACUGACGGGCAGGGGUACCUUUUUACCCUGAGUACAGCAACAAGGAUUCAACCCCAUGCAUUUCAUAGAAUCGUAGAAUUGGAAGGCACCUGAUGGUCAUAUAGUCCAACCCCCAUCAAUGCAGAAAUCUUUUGCCCAGUGUGGGCCUUGAACCCUGAGAUUAAGAGUCUCCUGCUGUACCGACUGAGCUAUUCAUUUAAAACACUCACUCUAUCAAAAGCGUCAUGGGCUGUCUGUGCAAAGAAUCCUGGGAACUGUAGUUUGUUUGGAGUGUUGGUCCAAGGAGCCUUAAACUACAGUUCCCAUAUUUCUUUGGGAGAAGCCAUGACUCUUAAAGUGAGAGUGCUUUCAAUGUGUGGUGUGGAUGUGUUCAAAAAAGGUCCCAUGAUUUUUCUUCUUCUUUUUUCUUUAUUUUCUGUUCUUUUUUAUUUUUUUGGGUCCCAUGAUUUUUAGGAGUCGGUGUGUGGUUUUGUGUGCCUGCAGAGUGCCCUCUGGUGGGAGCACACAUUGUUCCUGUUACAUCCUAUUAGGCAACUCUCCCUCAGGAGGCCAUCCCACAAUAGGCCACUAAGCCUCUGAGACCUCCCUUUCCGCUGAGGCACACUGCACUCAAAUCUCUGUCACUGUCUGGCCAUAUUUGUAUCCUGGCCGCCAUCUUUCCUCGUAGCACUUCACAGGUACUUUGCAAAGAAAACAGAGGCCAGGAGCAAACUCCCACCCUAGUUUGCUUUAACAUGCUCCAUCCACAUAGGUGACUGCGCAUUAUCCCAAGUCAGGGAGUGGGGAUGGAAGGCUGAAGCAACCAUCUUAUUAAAUAGGGUUGCCAUGUUUCAAGAAGUGGAAAAAAACCGGACACAAAAGUUAUUGAGCUUUUUCUACUGCAAAAUCUCCCAAAAAUUGGGAAAUUCCAGACAUCUGGCAGCCCUAUAUUAUAAAAACCCAUCACUGGGUUGCAGGAAACUUCCUGUUAUAGCAGAGGAACCUUUUAAAUGCGGCCUAGGACCCACGUACCUACGGGACCGCCUCUCCUGGUAUGCCCCGCGGAGGACCUUAAGGUCCACAAAUGACAACAUUUUGGAGGUCCCAAGUCGCAAGGUGGUUAAAUUGGUCUCAACUAGGGCCAGGGCCUUUUCAGUACUGGCCCCGACUUGGUGGAACGCUCUGUCACAAGAGUCCAGGGCCCUGCAGGACUCAGUCUGACCCUUAUGUCUUCCCUCCCCUUACGGUUUUGAUUUAUGAGCUACUUUUAAAAUGAGGCUGUUUUUUAAAUAGCAUUUUAACCUGUAUUUUAAAUUGGGGGUUUUGUUUGUUUUGUCCCGUCCCCCCCCAUUAUGUUUCUAUUGUAAUUUUACUGGUGUUAGCCACCCUGAGCCUGGGGGGGUAUAAAUAAAUUUUAUUAUUAUUAUUAUUAUUAUUAUAAUUAUUAUUAUUAUAUUGAAACACAGACAGGAUGUGCCAAAGGUGUUGACAUUUGGCCCUCCGGAUGCUGCCAAACAACAACUCCCAUCAGCCCCAACCGUGCCAGCAAAAACAAGCUCCCCACACCCAAUUUCCUGGAACCGUUUAUCACAUUUAUAAACUUCUCCAAUGUUAUCAGCUUGGGCUCCUCCUAUGAACUUCUGAAUCCUCCGCCUCGUGUUCCGUUGAAAUGGUUCCCAGGGAAAUACCGACCCUUCCUUUUGGUUCCUCCCCAAGCAUUCCCCUCGAAGCUCAUCCUUUCUUGCCUUCCUUCCCCGCAGGUGUGGUUCAAGAACCGCCGAGCCAAGUGCCGCCAGCAGCAGCAGCAGAGCAGCGGGCAAGCCAAAGCCCGGCCUGCCAAGAAGAAGACCUCUCCGGCCCGGGAGACCAGCUCUGAGACCAGCACCAACGGGCAGUACAGCCCUCCGCCGGCUGGCACCUCCGUGACGCCCAGCUCCAGCGCGAGCGCCACUGUCUCCAUCUGGAGCCCGGCCUCCAUUUCCCCGAUCCCGGACCCCCUUUCCUCCUCCACAACCCCUUGCAUGCAGCGCUCCACUGCCUACCCCAUGACUUACACGCAGGCUCCCGGCUACACACAGACCUACGCCGGUUCUACCUCCUACUUCAGCGGCCUUGACUGCAGCUCCUACCUGUCUCCCAUGCACCCGCAGCUCUCCGCGCCGGGGGCAGCGCUGAGCCCCAUCACCACCCCAACCAUGGGCAGCCACCUGAGCCAGUCGCCGGCCUCCCUCUCCAGCCAGGGCUACGGCACAGCCGGCCUGGGGUUCAGCUCUGUGGAUUGCCUAGACUACAAGGACCAGGCCGCCUCCUGGAAGCUCAACUUCAACGCCACCGACUGCUUGGAUUACAAAGAUCAGAGCUCCUGGAAGUUCCAGGUCUUGUGAAAGAGUCUCCAUCCUUCCUUUGCAGAGCAUCCUGGGACAACCUCUUCUGUCCAAGCUCGACAUUGAGACCCCUGGCUGCUUCUCCUCUCCCCCUCUCCCCCCUUCUUAUUUCUUUAAGAGGAGGCGUUCUUCUCCUCACCAGCAUUGCACGUACUGUAGCAUUGCUUUGUUUUUCUGCGCUGUUUUCGGAAACGCCGGCAACGAGGCAGAUCCGUGCGGAUGUUAGGAACUCGUGUACAGCCUUCGUUUCACACGCCCGGGCCUUGGACGUGUCAUUCCUUCAGAUUCUUGGCCUGGACUCAGUGACUUGACAGCUCAUGAAACCCUCGCGACAACUGGGGUGGCAUUUGGAACCUCUCUGCUGGAAGUAGACCGAAACUGGAAGCAACACCAGACGAUCAGAGGUUGUUGGAGUUUUCAUCAGGCGUGUUAGAGGUGCCACAGCAGAGGCAAAAGUUUUCAAGAGAGCCACGUUUUUAGAAGCCAGGUUGCUUUCUCAAAUGAUAUUUUAACGACGACAACAAACUGGGUUAGCAGAGACAAGGGCAAGCAUCAGCUCACAGUUUGGUCCAUCCUUUUUCCUAAUGGAAACGAGCAAUUCCGGCACCAUGGACUUAAGCACAUGCUCCUUAUCCCUGAUCAUCAAGAGGUUUUAUUUCAGCCCGUUCCCUCCUGCCUGAAGUGCAUUGCUCAAGUCAACACCAGCAAGUCAGCACUCUGGUUUGGCGGGGUUUGAUUGUUUCGUUGUUUUCAGAGCCAGUUCAAGACAUUUUGCCACCUGAGGACAAAGGAGAAGCUGGUGCCUCUCGUCCAAUUUCCACGUACAAAAGCCAAGCAGACCGGCAGUCAAAUCUUGCUUCGACACUGGCGACUGGCUCCCCCGCGCUUGAGAGCGGCAGGUUCUGCCUGCAGGACAGCCCUAAAAACACCUGCGGCUUUAUCUACUCCCCACCCCUUAGCAUUGGCUGCCUGAGUCAGCUGCUGCAUUCUGUCUCAUGGUAGGGCCGGCUCUGCUUCUUCUUUUUUCCCAUGCUCUGUGCUUUAUGGUGAGAGUAUACCAACACCAGGCAUCUGAAACCUUUUCCCCCCUGUUUCUGCUUUUGGGACUCCUCAUUAACCUCUGACCCUCCCAUUGCAGACAGUAUUGCUCACUUCACAUUCCUAUGCAUGUCUAGUCAGAAGUAAUCAAUCAGGUAGUUCAAUAGAUAUUUUUUAAAAAAAACAACUUUUGAUAAACUAAAAAAAGUGCUCUAGUAUUUAAAAAAAAUACUUUUAAUUCAAUGAAUUAUAAAAGCUACAGAGAACAAUGGGUAUCUUAGAAGAGGCAUCCCUCCCCCCCCCCCCUUUACACACUGGAAGAGGGAAUGUCUCUUCUCAGAUGAUAAUAAAAAAUCAUGAUUUUUUAAUUUAUAUCCCACCCCUCUGGCUGGGUUUCCCCAGCCACUCUGGGCGGCUUACAACAUGUAUAAAAACAUGUAUAAAAACACAACAUUCAAACAUUUAAAAAAACCAAAAUAUCCUAUACAAGCAACAAACAAACCAAUAAUUUGAAUAGAAACCAAUAACAACAACAAUUAUAAUAACAAUAAUAACAAACAGUUUACCCAACUGUUGUACCCAACUGACACAUGAACAUCACCUAAAAAGCUAGGUGUGCUUUUUUGCUUCAGAACUACUGAAAUUUGGUCAACAAAUCAAUUUGUUGACAAAAACACAUUGUCUAGAAUUUCUUUAAUCAGGUGACAGCUGAUUAAUAUUUUAAAAGCUUGCAUACGAAUAGCAAAGGAAGAUACGUUGAUGGUGCUUGGUAAUGUUUUGCCUGCCAUGUUCCCAGCAUCUCCUCUUACACAAAAGCAAGUUUCUAGUCCCUCUGGUUGUGGAGAAAGCUUGGGAACGACUCCCUUUCCAUCCACACUUGAGCCUGCUCCACUUAAGGGGAUGCCGUGUCCAUCACAGAGAGAAGGACAUCUCCCUUUCUGGCUAGACUGAGAUCUAGCCUCAUGGGACUUCCCCAAACAUAAAGUCAAGGAGGUGGGUAGCAGAUUCACCAACAGAAAACGAACAGCUUAUUAGUACGGCACUGCCUCUGCCGUAAAUCUCAUAGGACCUCACCUAGUUUGUUCCCAACAACCUAGGAAAAGCCAUGCGUUCUGUAAUGUAAUGGCCCAGUUUUAUGGAACUUUUUCCAGUUGAUGUCAGACAGGUCCCCUCCCUGCUGAACUUCCCAAAAACUUUUUUUAAAAUAAAAAUUCCAGGAGAGUUUUAACUGACUUCUGAUUUUUACGUUCAUCGAGGGUUUUUUGGUACACCGCUUAGAGACAUUUGUGAUUAAGCAGUAUGUAAAUUAUUAUUAAUAAUAAUAAUGGCUGUUGCUGCUGCUCUGCUUCCUCCUCCUAGCUUAUCUCUGCAUUUUACAAAAACAGAUUAUUAUUUUUGUAGUUAGGAAAGUGCACUGGAGGGGUGAAAAUGAUUUAAUGCAAAAGCCCCGCAAGCAAAUCGGGAUUUCUGCUCCAUGUCUCGUAACCAUCCCCACAAAGAGAUCAGAACAAUUGUUCGAUAAAGACCAGGCCUAGUUAAAGCUCCGCAUAAGCUUUGUGUGUGAUUUGCUAAUCAGGGCAAAUGGCUAAUAACUAGGCCUUCUGGGAGAGUUUGAAAUCUUUCCUAUCCCUGGACACCCAGGAUUUGAAUCUGGGACCUUCUGGAUGUGAACAAAAAUAGUCUACUGCUGACCUGUGGGUGUAUAUAUAUUGCCUCAGUGAAUUUUGUUUGAUCCUUUGGUAUUUUGGAUAGCACCAAAAUUCCUUUCAGUGCUCAAUCUUUUAUAUCCUGUACAACAUGAAAUAGUUAACGCAGGAUAAAUUUUAACUAGACGAGAAAUGUGGGGUGAGGCUUAACUUUUCCAGCAUCUGAUUUCAUCUGGGGUGGGGUGGGAAAAUAAAGUGUUUAAACAGUUCAAUAAGCAUUUGUAAAUAAUAUGAUUACUCCCCUUCCCUUAAAAACAAAAAUUGCAAUGGGU